CGGAUCCAUCAAAGUAAACCCGAGUUUCCCAGUUGAGAGGCUUCGGAGUUUCUCCCACCGAGGCGCGGACACGGAAGUUUCACUCCUCAGACCGCUUCCUGAAGGCAGGUUCUCAUGCCUUGUGCAUGGCCGCGUCCCCUGCCUGCCUAGUCGGGACCUGGCGGAGGCGGCAGCCCCCCGCCCGCCCUGUGUCUGUGGAGUGACUCACGCACCUCACACACGCGGAAAGAGGAAGGGAGCUUCCGGGGGCAGAUGCUCACGAGCUGUGGCCACUUGGGCUCCACCAUAUGUCCCUGCUGAAGAACACUGGGGUUAGAGCAGAUUGCGCGGCCUGGACACAUGGACGCCCACUCACCGAGCCUCAUGGGUUCCCUGGGGUGCUGGUGUAUGUCUUUUCAGGAGGCUGUGACGUUCGGUGAUGUGGCCGUACACUUCUCGAGGGAGGAGUGGCAGUGUCUGGACCCUGGCCAGAGGGCCCUCUACAAGGAGGUAAUGCUGGAGAACCACAGCAGUGUGGCUGGACUAGCAGGAUUCCUGGUCUUCAAGCCUGAGCUGAUCUCCCGGCUGGAGCAGGGGCAGGAGCCAUGGGUCCUUGACCUGAAGGGAGUCGAGGGGAGAGAGGGGGCAAGAACCUUCCUUACAGAUUCUGCGGUUGGGAUUGUGACUGAGCAGGCCUGUGAGCACGUGGAUGUUCUAAAAUCAGAACCCUGUGUGGCGCUGGUCAGAAGCCCCUCACAGGAUUUUCCUCAGACUUCUAGCUUUAGAGACACCUGUGAUUCUGAGGUCUGGUCAGAGACUAAGCCAGGCUCCCUCCUCCAGAAAAAGCGCUUGAACUCAGGGACCGUGGCUACCAGGAAGACCUUCGCCAAGGAGGGUGCCCAGGGUUGUGGCAAGCUGGAGAGCAGUGGUGGCCUGGGUGGUCAGCCUGGCAGAAGUCCAGGAGGUGCUGCUGAGGGGACAUCCCGAAGAUGUGACACGUGUGGCACAAGUUUUAGAUCUACUUCAGACAUUGUUCUGUAUCAAGGAAUGAAUACACAGAAAAAAACUAGUAGAUGUCCAGAGUGCAAAAAAAAUUUACCCGAUUGUUUACAGGGGAGAAAUGGAAGUAACUGCCACAGAGAGAAGCCCUAUGAGUGCGAGGAGUGCGGGAAAGUCUUCAGGUUGUGCUCACAGCUUAAUCAGCAUCAGAGAAUCCACACUGGAGAAAAGCCAUUCAAAUGCAUCGAGUGUGGAAAAGCCUUUCGUCUGAGCUCAAAACUUAUUCAGCAUCAAAGAAUUCAUACUGGAGAGAAGCCCUACAGGUGUGAGGAGUGUGGAAAGGCCUUCGGUCAGAGCUCCAGCCUCAUCCACCACCAGAGGGUCCACACAGGGGAGAGGCCCUAUGGCUGUCGGGAGUGUGGGAAGGCCUUCAGCCAGCAGUCCCAGCUGGUCAGACACCAGAGGACCCACACCGGGGAGAGGCCCUACCAGUGCCAGGAAUGUGGGAAGGCCUUCAGCCAGAGCUCAACGCUGGCCCAGCACCAGCGGAUGCACGCUGGGGACAAACCCCAACUUCCACGGAGCCCAGAUGGUCUCGGCCUCAUUGCGCAUCAGAGAACCCACCCUGCGGAGAAGCCGUUUAAGUGUGACGAGUGUGGGAAGGCCUUCAGGUGGGUGUCUCGCCUUAGUCAACAUCAGCUGACCCACACCGGAGAGAAACCUUACAAAUGCAACAAGUGUGCAAAAGCCUUUGGUUGUAGCUCACGACUUAUUCGCCAUCAGAGAACUCACACUGGAGAAAAACCAUUUAAGUGCGAGGAGUGUGGGAAAGGCUUUGUCCAGGGCUCACACCUAAUUCAGCACCAGAGAAUUCACACUGGAGAGAAGCCCUAUGAGUGUAGUGACUGUGGAAAAGCCUUCAGCCAGAGCUCAAGCCUCAUUUACCAUCAGAGAAUCCAUAAGGGAGAGAAGCCCUACGAGUGCCUCGAAUGUGGAAAAGCUUUCAGUAUGAGCACACAGCUCACAAUACAUCAGAGGGUCCAUACUGGGGAGAGACCCUACAAGUGUACUGAAUGCGGGAAAGCUUUCAGUCAAAACUCAACCCUUUUCCAGCACCAGAUAAUCCACGCAGGAGUGAAGCCCUACGGAUGCAGUGAGUGUGGGAAAGCCUUCAGCCGGAGCUCCUAUCUUAUCGAGCACCAGAGGAUCCACACCCGGGCCCAGUGGUAUCAUGAGUAUGGGAAUACCUUGGAAGCUUCUACCCACGUGAGCCGUAUAAAAGUCAAUACUGUAAAGAAACUGCAUAAAUGUAAUGAAUGUGAGAAAAUAUUCAGGUGGCGCUCACAUCUCAUUAUACAUCAGAGAAUUCACACCGGAGAGAAACCUUACAAAUGUAACGAUUGUGGCAAAGCUUUUAAUCGGAGCUCAAGGCUUACUCAGCAUCAGAAAAUUCACAUGGGGUAGACCUCUUACCUUUAUAAAUGUGUAUAAGUGUGAAUAAACCUACAGCCUUAACUUUA